UUCAGGUUAAGUUGGUCGUAUAUGAAAACGUCAUUGCACCGGCGCUACAGUUUGUUAUUGUCGUAUCGUAUUGAUUAUUGGCGUUGACCAUGUUUUAAAGAGAUAGUAACACCGAUUUUUAGUAAAAACAAAUGAAUAAUCAGCGGGAAGGAAGUGUGAAAAGUUUAAAUAAUUCAUCCAUACAGAGAGAUGUUCGUUGUUUAAUGAGUAAUUAUACAUUGGCCGUGUUUCUUACAUGAAAACGGCAGGUAAAAGAAGGCUGAUUUGCGAUAGAAUACAUGCCCAAAUGGCAAUCUGUAUACCGAUACUACUCACUUUUUAUUAACCAGUAUUUAAUAUCGUUAAACUAAAAGUAUGGAUUCCAUGACAGAGUCGGAACAUGUAGAGAGAUUAGUAAAAGAAGCAGAAAGUUUAAAAAUACGCUUAGAAGAUGAGCGGCAGAAAUUAAAUGAUAUUACUCUUGCUAGUGUAGCGGAUAGGCUUGAAAUGAUUAGUUGUAGUAAUGUAAAACCACGACGUGUUUUAAAAGGUCACCAAGCGAAAGUCCUUUGUUCCGAUUGGUCACCCGAUAAACGUCAUAUUGUUUCUUCUUCGCAGGAUGGCAAAAUGAUAAUAUGGGAUGCUUUUACAACAAAUAAAGAACACGCGCUUACUAUGCCGACCAUCUGGGUUAUGGCUUGCGCUUAUGCUCCAAGCGGUGCUCUCGUUGCUUGCGGGGGAUUAGAUAAUAAAGUUACAGUGUACUCUUUGAGCCAAGAGGACGAUGUGUCUACUAGGAAAAAAACUGUUGCUACGCAUACAUCUUAUAUGUCUUGUUGUGUAUUUCCUAAUAGCGAUCAACAAAUUUUAACGGGUAGCGGAGACAGCACGUGCGCUUUAUGGGACGUAGAAAGCGGUCAGCUGUUGCAGAGCUUUCUUGGUCAUUCCAGUGACGUUAUGUCCGUUGAUUUAGCGCCAAGUGAAACUGGUAACACAUUUGUCUCCGGCAGUUGUGAUAAAAUGGUUCUGAUAUGGGAUAUGCGCACUGGUCAAUGUGUUCAAAGUUUCGAGGGACAUCAGUCUGACGUUAAUUCUGUAAAAUUUCAUCCUGGUGGUGAUGCAGUAGCAACAGGUUCCGACGAUGCAACUUGUCGCCUUUUUGAUUUGCGCGCGGAUAGAGAGAUAGCAAUUUACGCUAAAGAAAGUAUAAUAUUCGGGGCAAAUGCUGUCGACUUGAGUGUCAGCGGACGUCUACUUUUCGCGGGUUAUAACGAUUACACUGUAAAUAUAUGGGAUACAUUGAAAUGUCAACGCGUUGCAUUUUUGUACGGACAUGAAAAUCGAGUAUCUUGUUUACGAGUUUCACCAGAUGGGACUGCCCUCUCCACUGGAAGCUGGGAUUCGACUCUGCGAGUCUGGGCUUAGUUUUAGCAGAAUUACUCUACCAUCUCAUUAUAUUAUUAGAUAUAAAAUUCAAACAAUUCUUUGGUUAAAAUGUAAAAUUUUAAGUACGAUACUCUGAGGAUAACAUGAUAUAUAAAUUGUUGUAACAUAAGAACAUUGUUAUAGUCAUAACACAAACGCUGUAAAA